UAAGUCUGUACCCGUCGAUCACCCCUGCCGCAUUACUCGCUGGCCUCGCCCCCUCCGAAAACCCACUCCCGACACCCCUGACCGCAGAGUCCACAACACGUUUUCCCACUACCACCUCCAUCCAGGAUCACCCACCUACCCCCUCUCCUUCUCCAAACUUCCCUUGUUUCCUCCCCCCCUCUCCUCUUCAUAUCUAACUCUAUUUUCUGCUCCUGGUGCUAGGCUUCGAGGCUCCAUCAAUAUGGGUAUCACUUUCUCCAGGCUGUUUGAUAGACUAUGGGGUCGCAAGGAGAUGCGAAUCCUGAUGGUCGGUCUCGACGCCGCCGGAAAGACCACCAUCCUUUACAAGCUGAAGCUCGGUGAAAUCGUCACCACGAUCCCCACCAUUGGUUUCAACGUCGAGACUGUCGAGUAUAAGAACAUUCAGUUCACCGUGUGGGACGUCGGCGGUCAGGACAAGAUCCGUCCUCUGUGGCGCCACUACUUCCAGAACACCCAGGGUAUCAUCUUCGUGGUGGACAGCAACGAUCGCGACCGUAUUGUCGAGGCCCGUGAGGAGUUGCAGCGCAUGUUGAACGAGGAUGAGCUCCGGGAUGCUCUGCUCCUGGUGUUCGCCAACAAGCAAGAUCUGCCGAACGCUAUGAGCCCCGCCGAGAUUACCCAACAGCUCGGCCUCCAGAGCCUGACCCGCCGUGCUUGGUUCAUCCAAUCUACCUGUGCCACCACCGGUGACGGUUUGUACGAGGGUCUGGAGUGGCUCGCCGACACUCUCCGGAAAACCAACCGCGACUAAGCGGGUAUAAUAUGGUGAAUGCGAGUUUCCAAAUCCUCUUUCCACUUUUUUUAUUUGAGGGGACGACUGGCGAAAGCGGGAUGCGUGUAUGUAGCAGGACGAGAGAAAUACCACGGCAAAUCUGCAAAUGAUGGAUUGAUGAUGACUACGGCGGGAGUUUUCUGCGCGAGGCCAAUCCCGGAUGGACCAGUGAAAUCUCCUCGGGAGGGGGUUUUUUUUUCUUUCGGUGCUUUGUGUGUUUGAACUUUCCAUGGCUCUAUUUCUCUUCGCUAUGCUAUUAGCCUCAUUUGUUUUUAUUUUCUCCUGGCGCCACGUCAAAAUUGCGGGUUUCUUCUGGUUAACCCCCCCUUAUCUAUCACCAUGUGCCCUUGAGUAUGCGAUAUGCUUGGAGUACUCACAGUCCCGGUGCUAUGACUAUACCAGAGUAUCAUAUGGAGUCUAUUUCGAUGCACGAUUCCUCCAUCUAAAUCGCAAGUAGCGUAUGAAUACUCCGUAUAGAUGUCUAGAGAAGGGAGGAGUAUGGGGGGCGGUACGAGAGGCCUCGGUAUAAACUGGAGAGGAUUGAAAGUAUGAGAAGAGGCAAACAGCCUUGUUAAAGACUCCCGCUUUCAGGGCUUAUAUUGACUCUAUGAACUAUCAGAGGAAUGCCCCUAGUUAAUCUAACAGAUCAGUCAUAGCCUGCCCCAAAGAAGGUAGGAGGGAGCGAUCAUCUGCGGCCAAAAUUAGCGGCGGACAUGCGUAAUCGCUCCCUCUUCUCCGUUUGCGGGCUCGCGGGCUCGG